UUCUUUUCCAGAAGCUCCACAACUUCGAUCCAUAUCUUGAGUAGAAAGACUCCACCUCACACAGCCUUUGCGCAUCUUUUUUUUUCUCUCACAUGCGCAACACUUUUUUAUUGAUCAUAAAAACUUUUUGCAUUUUACCUUUCCACAGUUCAUUCUCACACAAUUGCAAUCGCUACUGUUUAGAAUUUGCUUCUACACACUUUGCAUCUUUCGACAUAACAAACCCCUUACUCCAUCAACCCUCAAUCUUAGCUCGACCACUCUGCCCUCCUCGCAAUCUUCUUCGGUCGCAUCCACAUUCACAUACAGACCUCACGUCGCAACCUCGCGACCUACCCCACGUAUUCUAUCCAAAGAUCAAGCACUCUCUACAACAUGGGUUCCGCUCUCUCCGAGAAGGACGUUAACGCCCCCGUCCAGGUCCAGGACACCACUGUUAAGGACACCACAUCCAAGACCACCUCCGCCAUGAGCCUGGAGUUCCAUCGCCAGAAGCUACAGUCCAAAAUGGAAGAAGAGAAGUACGGCGCCACUGCCAUCACCACCACCACCACUGCUGUUGUUACCAAACCUGCCAUUGCGGUUACCAAGCCCACAUCCGCCACCAGAUCUAACACCUCCACACUGACUGGCGCCUGUGUUGCUCCUACCACCACCAUCCCUCCUUGCGCUCGCGCUCCUCAGCACCCCAACAAAUAUCUCGUUGCUAACAUGGACUCCGCCCCGGGUAGAGAUCACAAAUACGUCUCUCCCUCCGACAACAUCAUGAGCCCCUGCAGCGCGAAACUCAGUGCUCUCAAGAGCCGCGCCGCCAGCCGCGCGAAGCCCAAAUCCCUCUUCGCCCAAACGUCCGCUAAGAAGUUCGAGGGCGAGAACAUCUUCGGCACCAAGAAGACCCUCCCGUCCCCAUCCCCAUCCCCAUCCCCUACUCCCAGCGACGGCAAAAACAACAACCCCCACCAGCAGUCCGGCAACUAACCCGAUUCCACCCCACUUACUGCCUUGUUUCCACACCCGGGUUCUAUACAGGAAGGCGUUUUUAUGAUUGCUACUAUAAUGCCCUUUUGCUUCUUUUGCUGUUGUCCCAUUUCAAAACGGGAAAGGGGACCGCGCAAUGGCGUUGGUGGUGUGUCUUUGCGGGGUAGGUACUAUAAUGGAGGGGAUGGGGGGAGGAGGGAAAUGGUUGGCUGGCUGGUUGGCCCGCCUUAAUCAGGAUUCGAGCUCCUACGAUGGGUUAUACUAC